UCGCUCUCUGAGUCAGUCAGUGUGAGGGAAGUAGUAGCUAGCUCUUGGCCCUUUUUUAUCCCGUGUAUACACAGCUGAUACCGACAGACUCAUGGCUUCCUCCGGAGCUCAAACUACACCUGCGGCACCAGUCUUGCAGAGAGGCAUUGUCAAGAUGGUCCUCUCUGGAUGUGCCAUUAUUGUCAGGGGUCAGCCUCGUGGCGGUCCACCUCCAGAAAGGCAGAUCCAUCUCAGCAAUAUCCGUGUGGGUGCUCUGGCCCGCAGGGCCGCUGUGUCCCAGCAGGAUUCAAAGGAUACUCCUGAUGAGCCCUGGGCAUUUCCAGCUCGCGAGUUCCUAAGGAAAAAGCUGAUUGGAAAGGAGGUUUGCUUCACUAUAGAGCACAAGGUCCAGCCGAGCAGAGAGUAUGGAAUGGUUUACCUGGGCAAAGACACAUCAGGAGAAAACAUUGCGGAGUCACUUGUUGCGGAAGGCCUGGCGACUCGUCGUGAAGGUGUUAGAGCCACAACUCCUGAGCAGAGUCGACUGGCUGAAUUAGAAGAGCAAGCUAGAACAGCAAAGAAAGGACAAUGGAGUGAAGGGACCGGUUCUCACACCAUCAGAGACCUCAAAUACACAAUUGAGAAUCCAAGACACUUUGUGGACUCCAUGCACCAGAAACCAGUAAAUGCUAUUAUUGAGCAUGUACGAGAUGGCAGCGUGGUCAGAGCUUUGCUGCUUCCGGAUUACUAUCUAGUGACGGUGAUGCUGUCUGGUGUAAAGUGUCCAACCUUUAAGCGUGAAGCAGAUGGGACGGAGACUCCAGAAGCUUUUGCGGCAGAGGCAAAGUUUUUCACAGAGUCGCGGUUGUUACAGAGAGAUGUACAGAUAAUCCUGGAGAGCAGCCACAACCAAAAUGUUUUGGGAACCAUCCUACAUCCCAAUGGAAACAUCACAGAGCUCUUGCUUAAGGAAGGCUUUGCCCGAUGUGUAGAUUGGUCUAUGGCAGUCUAUACUCAGGGGUCUGAGAAGCUGCGGGCUGCUGAACGGUUUGCCAAGGAACGCAAACUACGCAUCUGGAGAGAUUACGUGGCACCCACAGCAAAUCUUGACCAGAAGGAUAAGCAGUUUGUUGCAAAGGUCGUGCAGGUGUUAAAUGCAGAUGCCAUGGUGUUGAAGCUGAAUUCUGGAGAGUACAAAACAAUCCAUCUCUCAAGUAUCAGGCCGCCCAGACUGGAAGGAGAAGGAAGCCAGGACAAGAACAAGAGGCUCCGCCCCCUUUAUGACAUUCCUUACAUGUUUGAGGCUAGAGAAUUUCUCCGCAAGAAACUCAUUGGUAAAAAGGUGAACGUGAAUGUAGAUUACAUCAGAUCAGCAAGUGCUGCAACAGACACAGUCCCAGCGUUUUCAGAGCGUACCUGCGCCACUGUCACCAUCGGAGGAAUAAACAUCGCAGAAGCCUUAGUGAGCAAAGGUCUGGCCACAGUGAUCCGUUAUCGGCAGGAUGAUGACCAGAGAUCUUCCCACUAUGAUGAGCUGCUGGCAGCGGAAGCAAGAGCCAUCAAGAAUGCAAAAGGUCUUCACAGCAAGAAGGAAGUUCCAAUCCACAGAGUGGCUGACAUCUCAGGGGACACUCAAAAGGCAAAACAGUUUCUACCCUUCCUGCAGAGAGCCGGGCGAUCUGAAGCCAUCGUUGAAUACGUAUUUAGUGGGUCCAGACUCAAGCUUUACAUGCCAAAGGAAACCUGCCUUAUCACCUUUCUCUUGGCUGGUAUUGAGUGUCCAAGAGGGCCCAGGAACAUGCCCAGUGGGGUUCAAGAAGGUGAGCCGUUCAGUAAUGAAGCAACCCUGUUCACCAAGGAGCUUGUACUGCAACGAGAGGUGGAGGUGGAAGUGGAAGCCAUGGACAAGGCUGGAAACUUCAUUGGAUGGCUUCAUGUGGAUGGCGUCAACAUGUCUGUAGCCUUGGUGGAGCAUGCACUGUCCAAGGUUCAUUUUACUGCAGAGCGCAGCAACUAUUACAAGACCCUUCUGUCUGCAGAAGAAGGUCCUAAGCAGAGAAAAGAAAAGGUCUGGUCUACAUUUGAGGAGCAGCCGGUUGAAGAAGUAGUCACGGUGGUGGAAGAGAAAGAGAGAAUUGUAAAUUACAAGCCUGUGCUUGUGACCGAGAUAAUGGAUGAUCUGCAUUUUUAUGUCCAGGACGUAGAGACAGGCACACAGCUAGAGAAGUUGAUGGAGGGCAUGAGGAGUGAAAUCGCCAGCAACCCCCCACUGGAAGGAUCGUUCUCACCACGUCGUGGAGAAUACUGCAUUGCCAAAUUUGUGGAUGGAGAAUGGUACAGAGCUCGUGUGGAAAAAGUAGAAUCUGCUGCCAAAGUCCAUGUCCUCUAUAUUGAUUAUGGGAAUAGAGAAGUCCUGCCCUCUACCCGCUUGGGCCCUAUGCCUCCGUCUUACAGUGUACGCAUUCUUCCUGCGCAGGCCAUAGAGUACUGCUUUGCAUUCAUCCAGGUGCCCCAGGAUGAGGAUGCCCGUGCAGAUGUGGUGGAUAGCGUAGUGCGUGACAUUCAGAACACCCAGUGUCUGCUAAACGUGGAGUUCACUGGCGCCAAGUGCCCACAUGUCACCUUGCAGUUUGCAGACUCAAAGGAAGAUGUGGGUCUUGGGCUGGUGAAAGAGGGUCUGGUGAUGGUGGAAGUGCGCAAGGAGAAGCAGUUCCAGAAAGUGAUCCCAGAAUAUCUGAGUGCUCAGGAGUCUGCAAAGGCAGCUCGGUUGAACCUUUGGCGUUACGGAGAUUUCCGUGCCGACGAUGCUGAUGAAUUUGGCUACAACCGCUAGGGAGAAGAAUGCUGCUCCAAAGAUGACAGAGACCCCAACCGCUUUCCCGAAUUACCUGCUGCCAUUCAGUCACCCAUGACCCACCUCUAGCCUUCCCAAACAGCCCCCUAUAUGAUCUGGAAGCCUGAGAGGUGCUGCAAGAGAACUUCAGUAUUGGUGGUGGGGGCUUAGAUAAUCCUGGACCAUGUAAGGCCAACAAUUUGGUAUUUGCAUCACAUAAUUUACAACUAUCUUGCAAUUCAUCAAUCUACAGAGUACAACAUCAGUUGCUUUUUUAUUUUAACAAACAUCAGCCACGGCUGAAUUUUGGUUUUAUAAUGGCUUCUUGUGGUUUCAGUCCUUUGUCCUUAAACUUUGUUCUAACGGUUAAUUGUCAUGGUUUUAUCUGUCCAUUUAAUUGAAUAAUCAUGAAUUGUUUUCCCCAAGUCCUGGGUCAUAUGUUUUGUCUUGUGUAUUUAAUGGAUCAAUAAAGUUCAGCAUUCUGAUUUACCA